AGGAGGGGAGGACAGACAGUGUGCUUGUGCCUCUAACAGACAGACAGAGGUGGAAGGAAAGUGGGGAUGAGAGACAGACGUGAGGGGAGAAGAGGAGCACAAUGAAGGACUACCAUCAUCCAUCCUGGCAACACUGCCAUUUCACCAUCUGCUGAAAGAGUGAGAGUGAGAGAGAGAGAGAGAGAGAGAGAGAGAGAGUGAGAGGAGGGACGAAAAGAGGAGGCAGCCAAACGGAGGAGAGGAUAGAUGGAGAGGAGCUGCCGGCAGUGACUUUGUGAAUUAAUCGAGCGGAAGAGCGGAUCAGAGGAGAAGCACGUUUUUCGGGGAGUGGACGAAGGGAAAGCUAGGAAGAGGAAGGAGAGGACGAAUGAUCGGACAGGCUGUGGCCGUUUAAACAUUAAUGUGGUUCUUAUGUGAAAACGGAACCUAGCUUUAGGAGAAUCACCGUGGAUUAUCAAUUGCAUGCUUUAUAAACCAAAAAAGGAACUACUUCGGUUUUUGUUUUAUUUUUUUGUUUUGUUUUUUUGCCAUUCAUUAAAACACUUAGGGAAAUCGAUAAGACUCACUUUAUAAAGAACAGUUUAAUUACUUUUUCUUUUCUUUUUUUGGAAAUACAGACUCCCUUUGUGAUUUUCUAUUUUCUUUUCCUAUCCUUCAUGAGCGUAGGAUCUACUCUGCAGGAUGUUAUACAAUCAUUCUAAUCUUUGUUAGCUGCUGCACAGAAUAUUCAGGUUGUUUUUAUGCAAGUUUUCUAAACAUCAGUAGUCUUUUUGAUGUUAAUUCUUGGUGAAAUUCUUGUUUAUACAGUUAUUAGAAAAGAGAUUAUUGUUCUUUGAAAACAGUGUCAGUUUUACAUGCCCUAGUCGGAGUCGGUGCAAGCGACCGACGUCGGAUGUCAACAUUGAUUGGGUUUUAUGGCUUGCGUGAUGCCGGCCAAACUUUGAUCAUUUCCUGAACCAUAUUGAUCUUUCUAGGAGUCUGUAGUUUUUCUCCUGUUGGAUGAAAAAAAAGGAGCUCUAAUGUGGAGCCUUUGAUGGAGCUACUAAUUGCUUGCAAUGUGAUUUGACAAAGCGAUUAUCUCUUUGUCUGAAGAUUUCUGCUGUUGUCAGGACUUCUCAGUAUAUAUCCUCUGCAGGCAUCUCUUUUAAUGUCUGUUGCCAUAGCAACGGGCAGCAGCUGCAGACAGAACAAGAUGUAAAGUUGGUUUUCCUUGUCCUAUCUUUUUAACUGGUGCUGUGCCAUUAGGUAAUUGUAUAUAUUUACUAGAUAAAACAAGAUUAGUCCAUUAUUUGUGUCAGUUUUUAGAGUUUUUGUGUCCCUUCUUCUCUACUAGACAGUCCUUGUCUUUGCGGAGCUCGGCAAGCUCCGGGAAUCAGGGUUGUUUCAGGUCACCUGUCUCCCCCUCCCAAUUCUCUGUGUUCGCCUUGUACGACUCAUCUCCGUCCAGCCUGUCCCGAUCUCACAUUUAUUAAUGGCAACUACCAUUUCCAUCAGUCAAACUGAUGAGUUCUUAUCAGAAGUGACUGGAUGAAUUAGAUUACAGUACUGAUUUCACUUGUACAUAUCACAGCUGCGUGGCCCCAAGGCCACCAAUCACCAGUCAUUAGCUGUGGUUGUCACAGCCUUUUCCUUUUGCUGUUUGUCUCUAGGUGACUCAGGAUUUCUCUUCCUGUAGAGGGUCAUCUCCUCUGCAGUCACCUGACCUACACUGUGUUCGGUGCACUAAAACAUCCCUGGGAAGAACCAGGGUUAACUCUGCCCAUAGAGCAUUUCAGCAGCUCCCUUUUUUUUUAACAGCACCUGAAUUUCUCUCCAGUGUUAGCAAGUCUACCGAGGUUGAAUAGUUUGCCUUUUUAAGUGCUAUUCAUCUCUACGGACUAAGUUCUGGUUUUAUUAGAUGUGUGACAGACCCUUUUGUUUAAUCUGCAUGCUCUUUGAUUGUCCAAGUACUGUGAGUGUGUGCGUGUUGUGACUUUUCCAGCCAUACUACUUUACAGCUUUCUGGAGAUCAUCCCAGCCUGUCUUGCAGUUCAUAAGUAUGACUGGAUCCUCCAUGGUGCUUUCUGGCCAAGACCAGAUGGAUGACUAGCUAGAAUUGCUAGACAAUCCCUCUGUGGUGCUAGACUGGUGUAGGCGACUGUUCCUUUGCCAUGCAUUGAGCGCCCACCACAAGCAUGCGGGCUGUCCUUCAGGCAGAGUGAAGUUCUGAAAUCUUAGUGUGAGGAGAAAAAAAUAAUCAGCCUUUUUUGCUUGGCAUUACUGAAACGCUGGUGCCACUUUUACAGACUUGUAUGUGUUGUGGAACUUGUAUGUGUUGCUCCCUCUCCUUUGAGGGAGCAAAGGUCAACAGAUUGUAAGUAUGACUAGUGCCUCAGCAGCACUAAGUUGUAGGCCAGCCAGCCAGCUUACUGCUGGACUGUAGGUGUAGCUUUGCCUCCUACUGAGGUCAAACUGUUGCAGACUGUUUUAAUUGUGGGGCUCCGGUUUGUGAGAGACUGUUAAUGUAAACAGACUGUUGUUUGCCUUCUAGAUUGGACUAUGCAGACUAUGAGAUGUGAGAUGGUGUCUGUACAGUAGAGAGAGCUUACUUGCUGCUUGAUAAGCCCUGCCUUAGAUAAGGAAGGAAUAUAACUCUUGGCUCGUUCAUAUCAUCUGUGACAGUGUCAAUAUUUUUCUCUCAGGUAAAUAACUCUGUUCUGCGAUUGCUAUUUGAACUAGGCCGUAAUAAAGUUACAGGGUGAGAACAGCCGUGCAUAGAGAAAUCAGCCUAACAGCAGUUUUGAUUGAGCAUUUCCAGCUGGGCGAGUGACUACAUGUUGAACACUGGUGAGCCUCCAGCACCAUUCAGGGAACCCUGGGUUGGGAGUUCAAACCUGACCAAUCAGGUCUCAUUACCAUCACAACAAGACCACCGGUAGUCGUCAUCAGCCAAUGACCUACAUUCUUCAGUGUUACAUCACCACCGUGCUACUGCAGUGUGUGUCACUGUACCAGACACAGGCAGCAUCUCAGACUCAAACUACCGCUAUCUAAUGGUGCUCCAGGAAGAAAAAAAAACAACACCCUAUGUGGCCAGUUUUAGGGAACACACUUGAAACAAGACAGGCUCACUUGUUUUAGCCAUAUCAGGAACAUCAGUCAGGAACAGAUUCAACUCUGCCAGUGCAGUCUUAAGUACUUAACUUUUUGUCUUUAGGGUUUCUGUUGGUGUCAAAGGUUACCAUGCCUAGCCUUUAACCAUCUAUAAUCCUAAAGCUAAGGGAAGCAGAAAGACAGGGCUCAAUAUUAUUAUUAUUUAUUUUUAUUAUUUUUUUCGACUGAGGGACUGUUAAACAGGACAGCCUGGAGAACGGGCGAGCAGACGAGGGAGGGGGAGAGGGGGAGCGAGAGAUCAUCUGGAAGAGGAGAGAGGAAGUGGUGGCGCGGGAGAGGGCGGAGGCGUUGGAGAGACAGAGGUUGGCGGAGUACAUAGUGUGGAGGAAGAGAGAAGACUUCCAGGAUAAGAGAGGAGACAGAGAGAAGGGAGGAAAGAGUUCAGAGAAAGGGAAGGCGCCUGCGCCAGAGGUAAUCUGGAAGAGAAGAGAAGAAGAAGAAGAAGCAGGGAGAGAGAGAGCGAGGGCCAUUCAGAGAGGACAUGAAAGCAUUUGGAGGAAGAGAGAGAGGGAGUGAAAAGUAGGCGUUAAAGAAAGUGUGCUGCUACCAAGAGUUGGAGACUAGCCAUACAUCAGUAAGAGCCUCCUCUCUCUUCUUUAGCAGUUCUGGGCUUCAUUGAGCUCUGCAGGUGCUUGCUGUCGUAUCGACCAGUUGAGGCUGUGUAUAAUGUGCGCCUCGCUGCCGCGUUAGCGUGCACGGCCCUCCUUGCAAUCCCCUCGCUGGCUGCUAAUAGGAUUUUUAUGGGCCCGUGUCAAGCAGGAUAGAGCUGCCAAGGGGAGCUGCUUCACACGUGCACGCACAAGUGCAUGCCAACACGAACAUACACAGAUAAUCAAAGAAGCAUUGUAGGCCGGCAAGGUUUAUACUGCCUCACACAUGUAGACACAUCACAUAGAAAUGCUCACCCCUCAGAGCAGUAGGACAUACACAUGAGGGGGUGUUCAGAGAGACAAUCACUUGUGCUGAUUCUUCAUGGUGCUGGUGACAGCUGAAUUACUGGGCCUCACUCAGAGGCUAUUAAGUUGGGACAAGAUAGUCACAGAUAUUGUUUUACAUCAUGGCAAAACACCAAGAGCAACAGUCUGUGGACAGCUAAGAAGCUAUUCAUCAGUUCCUGGGAACUCAGAAAACACUCAAGUAAAUUUCAAAAUGAACUCAUGACAACAUGAGCUGCACUGGUGCACUAAAAAGCUUUUUUGUCUGUGUUUUACCAUUAACUGGGACACCCAACGUUUCCUCUGUGCUUUUCCUCAUACUGCUUUCAUUGUGGAUAAAGCCGUUUUUAAAGCAGUUGGGUUUUGGCUGCCUGGAAACAAGUGGAGGACACACAACCAGACAGAUGGAUGCAGCUCUUACACUGAGCAAGACAGACAGAUGGCUGUUUGUCCUUUUAGAGAAAAACUUUGAAUACUGAGACAAAGAGACUUUGAAUCACGAGAGCCUGUGUGGACUUGCACGGAUAUAAAAACUGACACUGCAGAUUCAUUAUGAUUCAAUUCAUUAUGGAGAAAACAAAGUACACCCAUUUUCGGAGUGAAUCACUGAGCUCAACUGACGAAACAAACUCCAAUCCAUCAUCGUUUCCUCCUUCCAGUCCUGUCACCCCCCUCACACCCUCCCCUGGCUUACCUUCCUCUCUCUCUUCCUCAUCUCUCACUCCCAUUUUGCCCCCCUCCUCUCCCCAACAAGCUGAGAACAGCCCCACCACCUUCUGCUCCUUCUUCCCCAGGAUGGGCUCUCUUCGUCUGGGUGUCUCAGCUACUCUUCUCCCAGGACUCAAGGCCUCAAGCAAAUCACAGGGAGCUCAGGCACCUCAGGCGCCUGUUGAGUCCUCUGGGGAUGACAGGAGCAACUCUAGCUCCUCCCCACCACUUCAUCACCCUGUUUCGCUUCUAACUGCUCCUUCUCCCCCUCCCCGACCUCCUCUGCAGGACAUGAACCGGCUAGGAGGGGUGUCUAGGAGGGCACGGGUGGAAGGAGGGCAGCUGGGAGGAGACGAGUGGACGCGCCAUGGCUCCUUUGUCAACAAGCCCACCCGUGGCUGGCUGCACUCAGACAAUGUGGUCAGCACCACCGGUGUUUCCUACACUGUACGGUACAUGGGAUGCGUGGAGGUGCUACAAUCAAUGCGGGCGCUGGACUUCAACACCAGAACUCAGGUCACCAGGGAAGCUAUCUCUGUGGUGUGUGAGGCAGUACCCGGUGCCAAAGGAGCCCGCAGGAGAAAGCCUUCUUCUCGCUGUCUAACGUCCAUCCUGGGAAAGAGUAAUUUACAGUUUGCAGGCAUGACAAUCAGCCUCACCAUCUCGACCAGCAGCCUCAAUCUGCUGGCCUCUGACUGCAAACAGAUAAUCGCCAAUCAUCACAUGCAGUCCAUCUCUUUCGCCUCUGGAGGAGACCCAGAUACAGCUGAGUACGUAGCAUAUGUGGCCAAAGAUCCAGUCAACCAGAGAGCAUGUCAUAUCCUGGAGUGUUCAGAGGGUUUAGCCCAGGAAGUCAUCAGCACCAUUGGUCAGGCCUUCGAACUGCGUUUUAAACAGUAUCUAAAAAACCCUCCGAAACUGGUCACACCUCAUGACAGAAUGGCUCCAUUUGAUGGCUCUGCAUGGGAGGAAGAAGAUGAUGAGGCUGCUCCGCCUCCUGAUGUCCCGUACUAUAACAAUUUCCCUGGAAAACAGCCUCCCCCUGCUGGAGUGAUUGACAUGAGGACCCGGCCUGGUGCCACGCUGCCUUAUGGACAGCCCGGUCAGAAUGACAUUCAUAAACAGCCUCUGCCACCCCUACCAGUGGGUGCCAAAGAAGGUGGGCGGGAGAUGUUUGAUGACCCUUCGUACGUCAACGUAGAUAAACCUCGUCUCCCAGCUGCAGCAAACGGAAAUGCUCACAAAGACGCUUUCGACAUGAAGCCACUUGAUGAUGCCCUGGGGGUUUCUGGGCAUGGAGGCCCAAACUCAGUGACAGCAGUGCCCUCUAUGGUGCAGCAGUUACAGUCUGAAAUCUGGUUCCACGGGAGCCUAAGUCGUAAGGAAGCAGAGAAACUGUUGACCCGAGAUGGCGACUUCCUGGUGCGGGAGUCUGGAACCACACCUGGGCAGUACGUCCUCACGGGACAGCAGGGUGGUCAGCCCAAACACCUGCUGCUCGUUGACCCAGAAGGAGUGGUCCGUACAAAAGACCAUCGGUUUUCGAGUGUCAGCCACCUGAUCAGUUACCACAUGGACAACAGACUUCCCAUUGUGUCAGCUGGGAGUGAAGUGUGUCUGCAACAGCCAGUAGAGCGCAGGGCCUGACCUUACCCACACCAAUGAAAUACACCACCAAAAACAUACACUCCUACUAUUAUAUCAGUUCUGCACAACAUACACGACCACACACACACACACACUCAUUUCCUUUAAUGCACACAGAAACACUACACCUAACACACAACGAUACAUAUGCACACACAUUGCAAAGAAAGCCAAAAAAAAAAAAUAGAAAAAAUAUCACCAGUUUCUCUGCAAAAUCACUCACUUGCUGCUGUUGCUAUAUUUCCUGUCCAAACUGUGAUCUACAGUUCCUUCGCUGACAUCACCGACGAUCAGGCGCAUUCCUCCAAAGCUGAGAAGCACUGCUGCAAUUUCUCAGCCUACUGUGAACCAGGAAGGAGCCCUUUGCAAAUUACAGAAUGGGGCAGAAAACAAAUGCAAUCUUUUUUUCUUUUUGUUUUUUAAGAAAAAAAAUCUUUAUGUGUAAUUAUGAAAGAAAAAUGGAAACGUAAUACUACAUGGAAUCGUGUACUGAAAUGGCAGAACUGAAGAGUGUGGAAAGGAACAUUAAGGGACAUGGAGGGAGAUCUUCAGUACUUCUAAGCAUGUGCUUUUUUUAUUCUUUCUGAAAGGAGGGAAAAAAAUCCUCCUCAGACUGUUGCUGGAGCAUUUUAGAUAAAACACAAACUGGAUGGCAAGAGUUCUUUGUUUCCGAGACUGAACUAGGCUCAAACACAAACUCUCACAGCAAUCCUUAGUAUAAAAUAAUUCGGCUGGAGAAUAUGUGUACAGGUAUACGAGUUUGGUUCCGAUCUCAUCAGAGGGCCACCCCCAACCCCAACUUCUCCUCUUUUAAGGACUUUUAAACCCCUGGAGGAAAGCCUGUAUGCAAAUCUAGGACUGCUAUGCCAAUGACCUUCAUAUACUGUAUAUUCUUUUUUUUUUUUUGUAUUUCUGUCUAUUAUCUUGGCACUCAUCAAUCAAAGGACACUCUGAGUACACAAGGAUCAAAUCAGCUGUAUCCUCCCAAUCCCUUUCUAAACGCAGACGUACACACCUUUUACACAACUGAGUCAGCACCACCUGUCAUGCCAAAGAACAUGAACUUGGUUGAAAAGGAAGCAGAAAAGGAAGCCAUGAAUAUUAACAACUCCUAUCGAUCUUGUGCGCUUGCGGCAUCGGAGCAAAUGUGUGUAGAAAGAAAUGCAUUUCGAAACGCGCCUGUUUUAAAGUGGAGAGGAACGAUUGUGUGCAUGGGGGGGCAAUAAAGGAGAGUUUUAAAAAAUACAUCAAAAUCAACCACAACACAAAAUUCAGUAAGUUUGGAGAAGCUUAGACGAGAUAUUAUUGAGCUAUUGGUUUACAUUAAACACCUUAAUACACGUUUGCAUCGACAAUCUAUGUGUUAUAUCUUUUAGAGAGUAUCCUAAUUGAAAAGAACAGGUAGCGGGAGACCCCUUUGACAAGUGUUUAACAGUCUAAGCAAUGAAUUUCCUUCUGCAAAAACAAUGCAAGUUAUGUCAUGGUAACUGGUUAUGUAAUUUUGAUGUUCGUGUUUUAUUGAAUCGUUUGAGAGAAUAAUGAACGAUUUCCAAACCUUUUAUGCUCCAAGGUUAGACGGAUAUUGCUUGCAAUGAAAUGUUCAGCCAAAGGUUGCUCCUCGGCGUGCUGUGUUCACAGACUUUUGAGGAUCAGGAGGGAGAAGUUCACGUUAUUGUUUACUGUUUUCCUCCUCCCUCACUUCAUGAUGUAGUUGUUUUUGUUUUUUAUAUAUAUUUAUAUAUAUAUAUAUACCUUUUUGAUCGUGCCUUGUUUCUUCAAUGCAGUCAUGUCACUCCAAUGCAGUCACCUUAUGUACUUAAUUCAAAUGUAGUCAGCUACAGGAGAAUCUUACAAAAAAAGUCUCAGUUUAUCAACAACUUUGCAAAAAUGACACUCCGGUAAACACACGCAAACAGAUCUAGUGAUGGCAAUCUCCUCUGAUGCACGUUCUCGCGUUCAGCUUACAGUCACAGAUACUUGAUGUCACCAUCUGGGGGGGAGUGGGGGUCGGGG